UCAUGGUUCAGACUUCAGUUUACGUACUUACUGGUUCACAGCAGUUUUAACUUUCGCGGUUAAAAUUAUUAUGUAUUUUGAUAUUCGAAGUCCAUAAUUAUUUCUUUUAUAUUGGAAGAUAUCAGCGCAAAAAUUUACGAAGGAAAGUUUCGCUUUACAGAAUCGUCUUUGUCUGGAACACACUUGGCAUUGUUUGCGCAGGCGCUUAAUCCCGAUUCUAGGAUCCAUUACAGUCCUACGGUGCAUUGUUCGGAACAGCCAUAAAGUUCCAGCCGCAUCAUGUUUAUGACCAGAUCAGAAUACGACCGUGGAAUCAACACAUACUCCCCAGAAGGCCGACUGUUCCAGGUGGAGUACGCUAUAGAGGCUAUCAAGCUUGGCUCCACGGCAAUCGGAAUCCAAACUAAAGAGGGAUGUGUACUUGCUGUCGAGAAACGAAUCACAUCUCCACUUCUGGAACCAUCCAGUAUAGAAAAGAUAUGGAAAGUGGAUGAGCAUAUAGGUUGCGCCGUGAGCGGCCUUAUUGCUGAUGCCCGAACCCUUGUUGAAAAGGCUCGAGUAGAGGCACUGAGUUACUGGUUCAAUUACAACGAACGCAUGAGCGUGGAAAGUGUGACACAGGCGGUAUCCAAUUUGGCAAUCGGAUACGGUACAACUCUCUCCCGUCCGUUUGGUGUGGCCAUGAUGUUUGCCGGGAUUGAUCACCGAAAGCCCCAACUAUGGCACAUGGAUCCUUCUGGCACAUUCAUUCAGUUCGACGCUAAAGCAAUUGGAUCUGGCUCGGAAGGUGCUCAGCAGAGCCUGCAGGAAGUUUACCACAAAGAUAUGACUCUCAAGGAAGCCCUUAAGCAUGCCACUGCUAUUUUGAAGCAGGUUAUGGAAGAGAAGAUCAAUUCGAUUAAUAUUGAGAUUGCCACCGUAACCCACGAAAAGAUGUAUCAUUUGUUUACUCCUGCCGAAGUGGAAGAAGUCCUGAGCAUGCUAACUUGAAAUGAGCUUUCUUAUUUUGUAAUCGCUGUUGUUUUGUUCUUUGGCACCUUAGAGGUUCGACUUAUUAGAAAUCAGUACUUCGAUAUUUUCCGUAAUAUGGCACCUGAUCCUACUCUUAGUUGGCGCGUAAUGAUGCCGCAACAGA